AUGCAGCCAUUCUACACGCUUGUACUGCAGUAUUAUCAACAUGCUUUGGACUCUACGCAUACACCCGAUAAUCUCGUCAGCAUACUCAACGAACUCAACAAUGUCGAAAUGCCUGUGAAGAACGUGCCGGAUCAGCAAGUGGUCGACAUUCUUGUGGCAGGAAGCAAAUCGAUCCAACCCAAUGACGAUAGCUUCUCUCCGUUCUGCAAGUUUCUAUUUCGACAAUGUUCCAAACAGAUACGGCUGUCAAGUCUUCGGGCGUCACAAUUUGAAGCCUGCAUUGUAUUACUAUUGGAUGCUCUUGAAAACUCGGAUACGUCUUCCGAUCUUCGCGUGGAUGUUUUACGUGCUCUCAGUGCACUUGUCUUUGAAAAUGCCUCCAACACAGUCAAGUUCUAUCCUCGCAUAGCCAACAUCCUCUGCAAGCUUGCCGAUCGAUCUGUUCAACCCCUUGAAGUGCGUCGUAUGGCCAUCAAUUGCAUCGCUAAUACAUGUGCCGGAGCUGGAUCCAAGUUACAAAGCUAUUACAAGGAUUACUAUCAAGUGCUCUUAGCCAACAUUUGCACCGUCGAGCAUGGAUCUCAUGGCACUAUCAUGGUCGCUUCAUCUACCCUUGACUUUGCUGAUUCGGCGAUUCGAAAGAUUGCUAGUAGUACCUUGCGUGCGCUUCAAUUUGUCUUGUCUCAAGAUAAGAGCCUGGUGACCAAUCCGCUAUGCGACAUUAUUCAAAUCAUCUACACAUUUAUCUUCAUGAGUGUCUCAUUGCAGACCUAUUCUAUGGCAAAUCGAGAUGAGCCAACACCAUCGGCAUCGACCUCUCGUCCCAUGCAAGUUCGGCUUCGUUUACAAAAGCAACAACAACCAGCGCAUCGUGCACAGUUGUCAUGGCGACCCACAGAAUUUAAAUCCAUGGGAUUGACAAGUUCAGACUCUGAGUUAUCCGAUUCCAACGAAGCUGCUAUGGGAAAUCCUCGCAAACAACGAGAUGAUGCUAAAAUACGGAUCAAUGCUCUUUUAUGCCUCGCAGCGAUUGCAAAGACGUCACCACGCGCACUACAAUCUUACUGGCACAAGUUCCUCUCUGACACUUUUUUCAUCUUUUUUGCCAACAACUCGGAUCAAGACGGCAAAUUGCUUCCAGUAUUACGCUCGGAUAAUCAACCUUAUUCCCUCUUCACCAUCCUAUUGUACGACCCCAUGAUAACGGUGCGCACAGCUGUUUGCAAUGCAUUAAUUGCCAUGCUUGAUGGAUCAAAGCAAUACCUCGGCGUGGCUUCUGAAAGAGAUACCAAAUCAUCCUUUACAUCCUUAUCACAACAACUCGCAUCCAUAUUGCGCGAUUUUCAUUCUGCAGUGAUCCACGCUCUCGCCAAAGAAGAUCAUCCUCAAGUAACAGCAUUGGUUUUCAAGUUGGCUUGCACACUCGUCAACAAUUGUCCUUAUGAUCGUUUGGCACCUGGCUAUUUGACACGCCUUUACAAAGCAGCUCUUUUGAAAUGGUCACAAGCAUCCGCAACAUUGAGGACAGCCAUAUUGCAUCUCGUGAUAGCCAUAUUGGAAACGGGCUCUCAAGAAGGGGCUCACAUGCUUGAGGAAAGUGUGGAAGAGUCAAUGCCACCCUUGAUUGACCUCGUACCACAAUUGACACUACCCGACGGAUCAUCAGAAGCGUCUCUUGAACUUGUAUCAGCGGCUUGGAUGACACUAGGCACCCUUGCAAAGCAUCAAUUCGACAUGAUUUACGGUCGUGAGGACGUGAUCCAUGAACGAUUUGAAGCUGCCAUGGAGCACAAGGAAGAAAAAGUUCGUAUAGCAGCAAUGACAUUUGCCGAGUCCUAUGGAUGUGCCAUGGGUAAUCAUAUCGAUGAAGACGACUCAUCCAGGAUGGGCAAGUAUCUAGCAUGGUGGACUGGAAUGCUCAGCAAACACAUUCAAGCAUCCUGUAUUGAUGACGCUGCUGGUGUGCGAGCCAUGAGUUGUGAUUGUUUGGCUAGUAUACCAAAAUCAGUGUAUGAGCAAUUACCCCACAUGUAUCAAACGUUGGCCGUUACAUUACUGUUGUCUCUUCCAUCCGAUCAGGAUAUUAGCGUACGUGCGGCUGCGUGCAGAGCGCUUGGUGUAUUUGUCUUGUUCCCUUCCUUAAGAGGUGACCCACAUUUUGUAUCGGAUAUGGCCGCAGCGAUUAUGGAUCAAAUGAACGACAAGGCCAUCCUGGUGCGUGUUCGUGCAAGUUGGGCCGAAGGCAAUUUGGGUGAUGCUCUCGUAGCAGAAAGUGAAAAUCCCGAAUUUGAUUUCCAAGAAUGGAUCCCUUUGGUGACAUGGAGCAACAUCAUCAUCACCGCUACAUCGGCCUGCACAGAUAAUGACAAGCUUCGUUCCAAUGCUGUCAGAGCGCUGGGUAGUAUAUUGCGUAUUACGUCAAAGGAUUAUUUUCAUGCAAGAAAAAGUGCCCAGUUACUGAAAAAUGCAAUGAAUGGAUUGAGCAAGAACAUCGAGACCGGCACUCUCAAGACUCGAUGGAAUGCAUGUCAUGCAGCUAGUAACAUGUUGAAGAAUCCUGAUUUUCCUAUUGGCGACCCGUAUCCAUGGACAAAAGCUAUCUACACGGCGUUGAUUCAUUCAUUGUUACAAUGUCGCAAUUUCAAAGUCAGAAUCAAUGCUUGCCUUGCCUUGGCAACUCCUACACGUCGUGACCAAUAUGGGUCCUCCUUUGAUGCUGUUGUCCAAGCCAUUCUUGCAGCAUGGGAUGCCUGUCACCAAGAAGAUGAUACCUUUCAAGAAUACCGAUAUCGUGAACAAUUGAAGGAGCAGGUGAAAUCUGCGUUGCAUCAUAUUCAAGCUCUGUCAUCCGAAGCAACAACGUAA